AAAUUUUCGAAUUAUCGGGAUUUCAGUGUACUGCAAUUUUACAGCCGAUCUGGAUUAACGUAGUUCGCAAAUCAUGAAGAAACUGAUUGUCUGGAUAGUUUUAUUAUCUGUCACGAAAUAUAUUUACGCCGAAUUAUUCGUGGUCUCCAACUCUCCGAAAACAACUGGAGAUAUUUUUUAUCCGCGUCACCAAGCCAAAGAAGCUUACUGCAUUACUGAUGAUUUGGAUAGUGCAUUGGUAUGGAAUCACCAUUUAGAUUGGCAGUUCUUGAAGUUUGCACACUCCGAUGAAAGUUUCAAGACCUACUUAUUGCCACGAAAUCAAAAAUUUAUAUAUCCUGCGAAUGACAAUUUAAAUUGCUGGAUGAACCACACUAGCGAAUGCUCCAGACAUUGGCACGGAUAUGGCAAUUGGAAAUUUAAAAAUAGCAUAGACAGCCCAACAGCUCCUGUUACGGACCGUCGAUGGGAAGAUUUCGACGAGUUAAAAUUGAACCACUUAUUCCGACGUGUAGACGUGCUACCUGUGUCCGGAAGUUUAGCAGUUUCAAUACGUGGUUCGUCUGAUGCUCACUUUGCCAUGUGCGAAGGAAAGAAUGUCAUCGACAGUUUCUGUUUCUACAUUAUUCUCGGUGGUUGGAAAAAUACACGCUCGGUGAUAAGGAAAUGUGAAAAGGGUUUACCUGAAUCAACACACACAUUUCCCGAAGGCGAAUGUGCAAAAAUUUUGGUGGAGAAUCUGGGACAAGUAUUGUCGUCUACAGAAUGGAAACACUUCGUACUCAAGUGGAACUUCGAAGGUGAAAUAUCAAUUGCAAUCUUCGAUUCCAGUUCUAUGUUACUCAGUUAUCAAGUGCCUAAAAAUCGAACUUACUUUUCUGGCGAGAGAGCCCUGAAUGGACACAGAUAUUUUCUUCAUGCAAGAACCUCGAGUCAGAUGCUGUUGAAACCUCACGUAUAUAGCUACUCACUAACAACAGAAAGACAAUCGAAACUUAUGAGCCCACCUAUAAUGUUACCAAACAAGUAUCUAUGCGUGGAUAUGUCGGUAAGCUUGUGCGGCAAGUGUACAAUGACGAUUGAUUAUGUCGAUUACAAAGAAACAGUGAAAGCCGCGGGAAUUGUUCUAAAUAAAUCACCGAGAAAUAUUUUUGAUUUACCUGUUUGGCAAAGUGUACGGGUCAAUAAAACAAUGGUAAUGAAGAAUCAAACGAUGAGACAGCCAGUAAAAUUAGUAAUCAAUACUUUUGUUACUGACGCCGAAACUAUUAAUCCUUACUGGGCGAUUUCUAAUGUACGACGAUGCGAUCCUGACGUACUGAAAAUUGCGAGGGUGAAGACUAAUCAAGACUCUUCCGAUGAUUACAUAUGGCCGAACGUCACUUGUCAGAAAAUGUCAGCCAAUGGCAGGUCGACAGUGAUCGAUGUAAACAACUUUGUACCUACAACUAAGAAUUCACCUUCAAGACCAUUAUGUACAGAAGGUACAAUUGGACCGUCAUGUUCUACUAACUGUUCGUCAUUGUUCUGGAAACACUCUGACUGCCAACAACUGCUCGCUUGCGACAACAGCGGAUGUUCAUGUGCACCUGGAUUUAUGAUGCCAACAUGCGCCAAUCCUUGUCCUGUUUCGAUGUAUGGCUAUGAGUGUGAAAAAACUUGUGGCAACUGUGCACAGAAUCUGUGCAAACCAUCCACAGGAGAGUGUACUUAUGGCUGUGCAAAUACCGAAAAUUAUUAUUUUUUGCCACCUUACUGUAAAAUUGGAAUAGGACCACCUCCAGCACCUAUCAUAGAUAUCCUUCAGUUCACUUGGAUAAAAGUUUCCUUACAGACGCUAUCAGAGUACAAGAAUAUUUCAACAAAUGUGACAUUUGAAGUAUGGACAAAUUCUGGAGUUCUUGUAUUCGAAAGUGACGUAAUAGCUGUAAAUAAAAGUACAACUCAUAUCGACACCGACGUUGAAAAUUUGAGCCCAGGUAGACAUUACAGAGUAAUAAGUGUUGUACAUGUCGGUCAGCGAACGUUUAGAGGACAGUGGACCAAUUUCACAACCUUGUGCACAGAAUCACUACCGUUGAAUUACGUCAUAACUAGCAAUGAAACCAGCAUAGUCGUUAACAAUCUAGUGGUCGUUAAUGAUUCUUGUCCGGACGAUUGGUACAGCGUACAAUUGUUGAAAGACAAAGAUAAGUUAUUUGAUAUCUCGUCUAGUUUUCCCAUAACAUUCUCAAAGCUCGAACCGUACACUACUUAUAGACUUAUCGUACGAUCUGAAAAUUCAAGUACCAUUGUUGAUAAAGAUGUAACUACUCUAGAAGGAGCUCCCGGUCAAGUGGAAAAUUUUCAUUCCGUAUCAAAUCAUGCCAAUAACAUCACCGUUACUUGGACAUCUCCUGACAAGCCGCGUGGUAAAAUAGUCAAUUACACUUUGGAAAUAAAGCCAAUAAAAUCAAUUGGUUGUAGUAAUUACAAUUUGUCUUUCUACAAUACAACAAUAUCUCAGCAAUUAAAACAACAAAUAACAAUUGCAAACGUGAGUGAAAAUCCUAACAAGUACACAUUCAGUGAUUUGAGACCAUACACUGAUUACGUUAUUACUAUCUACGCUUCCACAUCAAGGUAUCGUGGUAUAAUGGAUUCAUCGAAAUGUAUUACAAAAUCAACAGAAAUGCCUACUGAAAUUGUAACUGGUGUGCAUUUAGUAAGUAAAAAAAAUAUUCCACGAGUAGCGGGAGUCUUAAAAUGGGAUAUACCCACUGAUUGCUCAUCGAUUGAAGGACCCAUGCGAGCUUUCAGUCUGUACUACAAAAAAUUAGGAGAUGUAAAUUACAAGAACAUCAAAGCUUUGAAUAAUCACUCUUAUGCACUUGAAAAGAAUCUCUUCGAAGGCGCCCAAACUUAUGAAGGUCGAUUACACGUUCUAAGAGACAUCGGUGGCAUGGAAAAUAAGACGGCAUUUGCUUAUUUCAAAGUAACUCUCCCUCCGAGAGAACCCUCACCAGUGCGAAACUUAGAAACUGUAGAAGUAGAUGUUUACAACGGGAAGUUAACUCUUAGGUGGGAGCCACCACUGCCGCCGAUUCAUGGGCAAUUAGAAUCUUAUUUGAUUGUGUAUUGUAACACCGAAGAUGAUUGCAAUGAAAAUAAAAGUAUUUCUGUAAAAUCCAAUGAAUUUUGCGAUCUUUGGAACUCAGAUAUUGGAUACAAAUUGCAAAACAUAUACUUAUGCCAAACCAUACCGUACCCAAAAAAUUAUAAUUAUAUUACUAUUAAGGUUCAAGCUCAGAAUAAAAACGUCACUAAACUAUCACAGCCUGAAUUCUUACAGAUCAUCAAUAGUGAAUCCAUACCUACUGCACCGAGUGGUUUAGCAAUUGAAAUAAUAAGUCCACAAAACGCUUCAGUAAAAAUAAGUUGGGCUCAUCCAUGGAAAACUGGUGGUCGACUGCACGAAUUCUCCAUCGUUUCUGAAACUAUAGAGAGCAACUUGACAAACGUACCAUGGACAACUAAAAAUAGUACUUUGACUAUUGACAACGAAAAUUACAAGCCCCAAUACAAUCUAAUAAUAGAUUUGCUACCUUCGACAACGUUUAUUAUUUCCAUCAGAGGAAUAACGGUAGGAGAAAUCUAUGGGAAAAUGAAAAUGAGUAAAAUUACACUUCCGACAUUUAUAAAUAUAAGUACAGAAGAUUUGAGGCCAAAGGUUAGCCAUGAUUUGACCAUACAAAUUAGGAUACCGCAAGUGACAAAUAAUGUUGUCAAUAGUACAAUGGUCAUUAUAGUGGAAGGACCUAAGUAUUGUGAUGAAGGUUCUAGUAAUAACGAAGAUAUCAAUACAUAUUUCAAUUUUCAGACUUCGUUAUAUAAUAAAGUAGUUUGGAAAGCCGCAACGUUUACACUACCUGAAAAACAAUCAAAUAAAGAAUUCGAAAUUGGGAAUGGACUCACGUAUGGAGGAUCGAAAAAUUAUGCCCUUUGUCCAUCACAAUCGUACAUCAUCAACUUAAUAAUUUCUAUUAAUACAGACGUUCUGUUAAAUCGAUCACAUAAAAGUUCAGGUAGAAAUAUUCUUAAAAGUAUUAGAACAAAUGCGAUACUGAUUGGUGAAAAAUCACAAAACUACGUUAUGUGGUUAACAUCGAUACUCUUUAUUAUGUUGAUAGUCAUAAUUUUACUUAUGAUUCUGCAUAGAAAAAGACUCGCCAAGCAUUUUAAUAAUAAAUCAAAAGUUAGUCAACAAGAGAACAUGCCUCUCUCAAAUGACUUUGAUAAAAAAAAAACGUUUGGCGAAGGUGGUACUAUUUCGAUAAUUAAAGAAACUAAAAAUGUUCCAAAUAAUCUAUUGGUUAAUGAUGAACCAAAGGAAAAGUUUAUUAUGCCACUGAAACUAGAAGAUUUUGAGAUAUACUUUGAGAGGGCUUACAAAUCUGGAGCGUUGCAUAAAGAAUACUCAACUAUCCAACGAGGAGCGAUAAAAGCAUGUACUUACGGAUCUCAGUCAGAAACUAAACCAAAGAAUAGAUAUGCCAAUUUGUUUCCGUAUGACGAAUCGAGAGUUGUUUUAGAAAAAUUACCAAAUGAUCCUUAUUCAGAUUAUAUCAAUGCUAAUUUCAUUAAGGGAUACGGCGAGAGGGAGAAAGCUUACAUAGCAACUCAAGGACCAAAACAGCACACAGUAAUUGACUUUUGGAGGAUGAUCUGGCAGGAGAAAGUGCAGAUUGUAUGCAUGAUGGCAAACCUAAUGGAGAAUGGAAAAACCAAAUGCGAACAAUACUGGCCAGCAGCAGUUGAAAAGAAAGUUCUUUACGGUACUGUGUUGGUACAAUUUACUAGUGAAGAAAUUCAUCUAGACUACACUUAUCGGACAUUCAAAGUGACAUGCGAAGAAGAAACUCGAACUGUUGAACAUCUUCACUACACAUCAUGGCCGGAUCACGGUGUACCCUCUAACCCAGGUUCCAUCGUCGCUUUUUUGAAAGAGAUUCAUCGUCUCUCGCCAGUUCCGCGUAAACCGGACGAUCCACCAAUUGUUGUUCACUGUAGUGCUGGCGUUGGUAGAACUGGGACACUUAUCGUUCUCGAUAAAUGUCUUUGCCGAGCUUUUUCGGAACAGUUAAUUGAUAUACAUGGUGAUGUACUGUCAGUACGAGAACAACGUAUGAAUAUGGUUGACAACAUCGAACAGUAUUUGCUAGUGCAUUUAGUCUUGGUCGAAUAUUUCAAUUCGAAAAACACUUGUUUCCGUUGUGAUGAAAUUUUACCCGAGAAGAUAGCCAAAGCGAAACAUAAUGCAUCUACUCAGUAUCAGAGAAUUUUAGAUACAAGCUGGUGGAACGAAGUGUUGGGGUCACCGCUAGUUCCAGAGAAAUCUCUAUCAAACAUCAAUCGAGCUAAACAUCGAUUUCCAGAAUCAGCAGCAGGUAACAUAAAUAGACUAUACUUAAAACGAUCUGUUGUUAAUGACGAAGAUAGCGACUACAUCGCUGCCACUAACGUGCGAGGUAUUUUCAAAAGUAGCAACUAUAUAACCACACAACUUCCAUUGCCAUCAACGUCUGCUGACUUUUGGAGAAUGUUAUCGGAACAUAAUGUCGAACUUGUGUUAGUUCUUCAAAAACCUGAUUUAAAUGAUUCUAGUUACUGUGAACUUAUACCAGAAAGUCAAGGAUUCGGAAAUACUAAAUACUUAAAAGUUAUUUUACAAAUAGGUGAUACAACCAGCACUGAAUGUUAUACAACGGAAGAAGUACUUCUUAUUGACAGCUCAGAGCAUCCAAUUAAGGACCAAACAGUCAAGAUAAUAACAUAUAAAAAUUGGUCAGAAAUUUCUUUGCCACCUCCAAGUGACAUUGUUAAACUCUGUCAACUACUGGAAAAACAUUCAAAAAAACAGAAAUGCCCUAUUGUGAUAGUUUGCCGUGACGGAGUGACGGCUUGUGGUCUUUGGUUGGCUUCAUCUUUUCUUCUUGACAGAAUGAAAAUCGAUAAGGAAUGUGAUGUAUCUCAAUCUGUCCGAGCGAUACGAAGAUAUAGAAAAAAUUUCUUAGAUAAACCCAAAUAUCUUGCAUAUUUAUAUGACAUAGCGUUGGCGUGGUCGAGUGAAAACUGUGGAAAUGUUGACUAAUUUUUAUACCUUUGCUUGUAUUAAUAUAAUCAUUGUUGAAGAUACUCAGAUUUGCACAAUAUACAAUUUUUU